AUGGAGCGUGUGGUGUUGAAUCAGCAGGUGUACUAUCACCACCCGCAGAAGGGAUGGAUGCGUGGAGUGGUGGUGGCGGUGCUCGAUGCAGAGAAGAAAACAACAGUGGAAGACAACGUAACAGGGAAGAGAGAAACUGUUCCUUCUUCGGAUAUUCAUGGAUACAUGGAACAGGCAUUUGAUGCAGAAGAUCCUGAUCUCUUUCAUUUAAGUGAUUUACAUGUGGCUACAACGUUGUUUUGUAUUAAACAACGUUUUGAGGAAUUAAAGCAGCAAUACUCACUUAUGGGUGAAAUGGUGUUAAGUGUUAAUCCUUUUCAGAUAAUGGCAUUCAACAGCGACAAACACCGUGAACUUUACCUUAACUCAUUGGAACCGCAUUUGUUACCACCACAUAUUUGGCAAGUGGCACACAAGGCCUAUUCACAAAUUGUUUUGCGUGGUCUUGGCAAUCAAUCUGUUGUGAUUUCUGGUGAAUCCGGAAGUGGUAAAACUGAAAACGCUAAAAUGUUAAUUGCAUACCUUGGCCAGAUCAGUUAUAUGCACAGCAGUAACACCAUGCAGAAGAGUGUGGCUGAUAAAGUGGCAGAGAGUUUAAAAUGGAGUAAUCCUGUACUGGAAUCCUUUGGAAAUGCUCGUACCGUACGCAAUGAUAAUUCUUCCCGCUUUGGAAAGUACAUUAAACUCUACUUUGAUACCAGCUCUGGAGUUAUGGUGGGAGGUGAGACCGUAACGUAUUUACUUGAAAAGAGUCGUAUCUUACUUCAAUCUGAAGGAGAGCGUAACUACCAUAUCUUUUAUGAAAUGCUUGCAGGACUUACACCAGAUGAAAAGAGAGAACUUGGUGGGCUCAAGACAGCAGAGGAUUACAAAUGUCUCAGUGGUGGAAAAACAUUUACUAGACGUGGUGUUGAUGGUAAACAAUUAAAUGACGCAAGAGAAUUUCAAAACGUACGCUAUGCUUUAAAUGCUAUUGGAGUUAAACCAGCUGUACAGAAGAGUAUCUUUAAAGUACUGGCAAGUAUUCUUCACUUACUAGAGCUACGAUUUGAAACCGAUCAAAAUGACAAGGCAGAGAUUGUGGAUGAAGGUCCUUUUCUAACGGCCUGUGAGUUGCUACAGGUGGAUCAAGAAUUACUUCGGGAAUGCUUCCUUGUUAAGAGUCGUUCAACUCUUGUAACCAUUUAUGCUAAUAAGGCAGAAGCGGAAGGAUUACGAGGUGCAUUUUGUAAAGCCAUUUACGUUGGACUUUUUGAUCGCCUUGUGGAAUUUGUUAAUAAAUCCAUUGAACCACAAGGUGAUGUAUCUGGAUGCAAAUAUAUUGGUCUACUUGAUAUUUUUGGGUUUGAAAAUUUUAAACGUAACAGUUUUGAGCAAAUUUGUAUCAAUUAUGCCAAUGAAUCUCUUCAAAAUCAUUAUAACAAAUAUACCUUUAUUAAUGAUGAAGAGGAAUGCAAAAGAGAAGGUAUUCAAAUACCUAAAAUUGUUUUUCCUGACAACUCUGAGUGUGUAAAUAUGUUUGAUCAAAAGAAAGGUGGUAUAUUCGCUAUGCUGGAUGAGGAAUGCCACUUUAAGGGAGGUACAUCGGAGCAUUUUACCCAUAAUUUAUGGGAUAUUUGGGCAAAUAAGAAUAAGUAUUUUGUACAACCCAAGAGUACGGUACCAAAUCAAUUUGGUGUGAAUCACUAUGCGGCAUUAGUGAACUACAAUACAGAAGAGUGGUUGGAAAAAAAUACAGACCGUGUGAAGGAAGAGGCUUAUCAAUGUAUUCUUAAAUCUGGUGAUGAAUUUAUUCGAACCUUAAUGCCAGAAAAUGUGAUGGCUGACAGACGCAAGCAAACAGUGGCACUUCGCUUUCAGCAACAACUUGCGGCACUACGUGUCGAGUUGGAAUCAACAGAAACGCAAUUUAUUCGAUGUAUUAAACCUAAUAUGGAAGCAAGAUCUGACAUACUAGAGAAUGAUCUUGUUGGAAGUCAAUUGGAAUCAGCAGGUGUGUUACAGACCAUUGCAUUAAAACGUCAAGGUUACCCAGUACGUCGUCUUAUUGAAACUUUCUGUCGUUAUUUCUAUCUUAUUGCAUUUCGAUCAACAGUAAAGUUGUACAAGGCUGGAAAUUUUCAUGCGGCUGCUGAGAAUCUCCUCUCUUCUUAUCAAAAACUGUACAACUGGAAAACGCCUAAUUAUGCUGUUGGGCGAACCAAGGUAUUUGUUCGUGCGGAAGUAUGGGCAUCACUGGAGCGGUUAUUAUUACGUCGUAAAGGUUGGCUUAUGCGACGCUGUAUUCCAUUCCUACUCCGAUGGGUUUACGCCUAUCGCGAGGCUAAACGUAUCGCUGAAGAACGUCGACGUGAAGAGUUGCGACUUGCGAAGGAAGAACGCGAGCGCAGGGCGUCGGAGAUUGCAGAAACAGGAAUUACAGCGGAACAUUUGGAGUGGGUGGAAACCCUCGCUACUCUGUUCCCAAUGAUGGAUAUCUCCACUCUUAUUGAUGUGGUUCUGUAUCUCCCCAAACGUGAGGAAUCUCUUGCCGCCGUUGCUGAUAUGCAAAGGCAGUGUGUGGACGGCGCCUUGCCAUCGACCUUUAUGCGCAUCAUGACAGAAGCGGAGGUGCGUCCAUCCGCGAUUGAAAGUCUUGUGCGUGAUGGUGUGACGACGGUGGAGAAGUUGUCGCAGUGCGAUCAGGCAACGCUGAAACAUCACGGCAUGACCGACGCGGAGGUGGCCGCCGUCACUCACAAGAUGCUGCGCGAACAGUCGCAGCGGGUGAAGUUGGAGCGGCUGCAGAGUACGAUUGGCAAAGUGAAUCUCCACGCCGCCGUGGAGGAGGCAAAGCACGGCGUGAUGAUGCAGGCAGACUUCAGUUCGAAGCUGAACAAAUUGGUGGAGUUGGGAUAUCCACGCAAACACGCCGUGUUGGCACUCACACACUACAGCGGUGAUGUGCAGAAGGCAGCCGCUCGUCUCCUUCAAGGCGGUGUUGCCAAACACAUUGGCGAGAAACCACCAAAUGGAAAAAAUGGCAAGUGGACCUCACUUGAUGAACAAGUGCAGCAAAUUGUGAAGCUUGGGGUUUCCAAGGAAAACGCAAAGCGGGCACUGCGGCGAACCAGCGGGAAUGUGGAUGAGGCUGUUCGACUGAUUUUCCCUCCUGCUUCGUAA